GAGGAUCAUCAGGAUACCAUGUCUGUCCAGCUGAGGCUGCCGUCUCCCCCACCCCUCCACCACUACCGCCACAACCCUGUGUCCAUGCCCAGCUCAUUCAGCACUCAGGAGAUGAGGAGCAAUCACCAGACUUCCAGGAAAUCAAACAUUGUUAUAUUUCCUGCCGAGAGGAGAUGUCAUUCGAGCCGACCCUCAGGUCAAGGCCAGUUUGAUCAUGAGGGAGAAACUGGGGACCUAUUUGAUGCCAUUGGCGCUGGACUCGAUGGAAGCUGA